AAUUUUGACAGUUCCGAACACUUGCAGGCCGACACCGUCCGGCGAACUGUUAAUCAGGCGCCCCUUAAGCCUUUAUUUAGCUAUAAACAAGUUGUUUUUUAUCUAUUAAAGAUCCUAUACCUAGAUUUACCUAGUCGAUUAUGGAGCGUUGGGUCGGCAAGACUGCGGUGGUGACGGGCGCGAGCGCGGGCAUCGGGGCUGCCAUCUGUGUCCGGCUUGCCAACGAGGGUCUGCGCGUGGUGGGGCUCGCCAGGAGGGAAGAACUAGUUCAGCAACUGCAAGCCGACGUGACCGGCGCCGGCAAGAUCUACGCCGUGCGGUGCGACGUGGGCAAGCCGGAGGAGAUCGCGGCGGCGUUCGAGCGGGUGGAGACCGAGCACGGCGGCGUGGACCUGCUCGUCAACAAUGCGGCGUUGUUGCUCAGCGGGCAUAUCACCGAGGCCUUGAGCAACCCGCUACAAAAUGCACAAGUCCAGCAAAUUAUUGACGUGAAUAUCACCGGCUAUGUACUGUGCUCGCGCUACGCCGUCGCAUCCAUGAAGAAACGGGGAGUGGAAGGACACAUUAUUCAUAUCAACAGCGUAGCAGGUCACUACCUCCCAUCCAUACCAGUGGCCAACUUGUACCCAAUGACCAAACACGCUAUCACCGCCUUCUGCACCGUGCUGAACGACGAACUGGCACACGCUAAGGCCCGGAUUAAGACCACAAGUCUCUCCCCUGGCCUGGUGGACACGGAUAUGGGCCGCCUGGUGGACGACGACGUCGCCCAGAUAGCCGACCAGGCGAACUCUGCCACGCCCAAACUUCGCACGCAAGACGUUGCCGAUGCCUUGAUUUAUGCUGUGUCUUCGCCUCCCGACGUCAAUAUAUUGGAGUUGACUAUCAACCCUCUCCAUGAGAUAAGGCACUAAAUGAAGAACAAUGAAAUAGCGGCUGGCUUAUAAUGCCACGUUGCAUCAAAGUGGAAC